UUAUGGGUGAGGGCUUCGGACAGACAGCCAAGCAGAAAAUAGAAAAAGGCCCGUUGGCAGAGGUGGCAAUAGGACGUGGAAAGGAGAAGAAAAACACUUUAAAUAUAGCUUUGUCGGCAUUUGGAAAGAAGAAUCUCAUAUCUAGCUAUUGAUAUCCUCGUCGGUCAAAUAUAUGUUCGUUACAUAGUGGGAUUUCAACGAAGAUAGUUUUCGUCAAAUAGACAGAAGACACUGAGAAACUACCUACUGUCUAAAAUAAGAUAAAACUUUUUCUCCAGAUAGGAUGGCAGUGUUUGUUUGCUGACUGCUACAGCGCUUGUCAUUGCCGUCGUUCAUACCUUUGCUGAGGGGGAGGAGCAGAAAGAAAAGUCCUGCGUUCCCUCAUUCCAAGCAAGUAACCUUUCAACUUAUCACAGUCUAGAAGCAACUACAACCAAAACUAGAGAACACUGACAGAGAGGACGGAGAAACAGGCAAGGAGGAAAGGGCAGGAGUUCUUAUAGAGGUUGUGUCUCUGGAAUGCCUGGCACAGGAUGCAGCCGCUGAGCAGUUCACUCCUUUCAGGAGCCAAGGGGAGGUGUGAUUGGCCACUGGCCUUGUCUGUGUGGAGCUUUAGGAGGGAUUUUACCUAUUCAUUAGCACUUUCUGCAAGACCCCUCCCACCUCACUGACGCUCUGCCCUUGGUAAGGCCCCUGUUCGCUGCCUAUGUGUCUGGGAAUGCUGUUGUUUCACCAGAGGGGCAGUGUUGAAGAUGGCCAAUCUCAGGGGCUAGGGUCAGGGAUCAAGGGUCAACACAAUUCAAAAGCUGCCAGGCUGGAUGUGAAAGGGCCUGUGGUCAAGCUCCAGGCACCAACAGGCAUAAGCUGUGUCCAUUGUGGAAAUCAGUAUGUGCUAACUCCACAACUGACCCCUGGAAUAUAGAGCCUUCCAUCUAUGAGACGGGAAGCAUAUUUUCACUUUCAAAACCUUGUUGCACUUUUUUGGACAUUCUAGAACUCUCUAGAGUUUGUGUUUGUAUUACUUAACACUGCACAACUUCCCUUGAAACAAUCACCCAGGGCAAGCAAAGGCACUAUGCGUCACAUCCACGUAGAACUGGCUCGUAAAGAGCCAGCCAUUGAGCUUCCAGCCCAGGAUGGGGAUUUACUGAUGCCUAGCACUCAGAGCGAGAGCCCUGAACCAGCGCUACGGCGAGGAGUUCCCAGGCCUUUUGGAGAAGAAGAGAUCAGGCUGCAGAAAGUCUACCAACUAUCCAUCCUAUCCCAGAGAGGUGGAUUUGGGGAAAGUCAAGAUGCACCACGGGCAAUCAGAGUAGGUGUGAAGCGUGGCCUGGAGGGACCGGCAGUCUCUGUUGCCCAAAAGCAUCUUUUUCAAGAGGAAGUGGAUGAUGAGUCCGAUGGGGAGGUGCUUUGUGGGUCUGGGGUUGAACCACUGUUUUCCAGCACACUCCUUGAGCACAGAGACCCAGAAAUCCCUAGGUCACCCCCCCUUUCCCCCUCACACCCUCCCAUUCCUGGUCGUCGACCGGCCCAGCAUAACCAUGACAGGCCAAUCCCGGAUGCAUUUGUCCCACUUUCCCCAAAGUCUCCCCCCAUGGUGGACCCACAGGGGCCUCACUCUGCCAGGGUGCACUGUGAGGGGAGUCCUUCCACCCUUACUCCUAGGACUGAGGCCUCCACAGCUGGGAAUGUCCAAGCUGGUUCCAUAGAAGGGCCACGGGAUGAGGACCGCAACAACUGUAACCUCUCUCUGGAGGUCAAGGGGACAUUGUACACCAUGGAGAGCAGUUGGGCACCUGUCCCAUUUUCAACACCAGCUGAAGCUCUCGAAUGGGGGACCAGUUUUGAAUCCUCUCCUCCACCAUCAGAAAAAAAGACCACCUACUCCAAUGGACUGAGCUCUCCUGAGAAAGCUCCAAUGGAAGCAAAUGGCCUGAUGGGGUCAUCCAGUUCUUGCCCAGUAAAGAAGAGACUUCUCUCAUCCAGCGAUACAGGAGAAUCCUGCUCGGAAGAUGAGGGCCCAUCCACCUCAAAACGCAGUCGACUGGCACUGUUGGCACCGGGGCUUGGAUUAGCAUCCUGUCGCAGCACUGAUGCAAAGGGCGCACCCUUCUGGAACCAUCUACUUCCAUCAGCAAGAGAGCACACCAAGACUGCUACGGACUAUUCAAGAGCAGGGAGAAGGCGCAAACUGGGCAAUCGUCUCAAACCUCGACAGCUGCGCAGUGGACGCAGAACAGAUAACAUUCGCUCCUGUAGCUCGGUCUCCUCUUUAUCCUCCAUAAGCAGACCACUCCUAGGCAACUUUGAGGAAUCGAUUCUGAAGGGUCGUUUCUCUCCAUCUGGGAGGAUAGAGGGCUUCACUGCAGAGAUCGGGGCAAGCGGCUCCUAUUGCCCACAACAUGCCACCUUACCUGUGCAAGUCACUUACUAUGACACCUCGGAACACAGCGCCCCUUCCCCCUUCCUGGGAGUAAUCUUGCUUGAGCCACUUGGGAAAAAAGGAUACAGCGUACCCAAAGCAGGGACCAUUCAAGUGACCUUAUUCAACCCCAAUAAGACUGUGGUUAAGAUGUUUUUGGUGACAUAUAAUUUUGGGGACAUGCCUGUUAAUCACAUGACCUUCUUGCGCCAUCGUAUCUUCUUGGUGCCUGUGGAGGAGACAGAGGGGUCAGAGGAAGGGCAGCAGGGCUCCUUUUCUGACAGGAAGAAGAUUCUCUGCUACUUGAUACACCUCAGAUUCCAGAGUUCCAAAUCUGGAAAAAUUUACUUGCACAAUGAUAUCCGGCUGCUAUUCUCCCGCAAGUCCAUCGAGGUGGACGCCGGGAUUCCUUACGAGCUGAAAUCUUUCACCGAGGUGCCAAGAAACCCUAAAUACUCCCCCAGAGUGUGAGAUUGUGAUGCCCUGCUGCUGUGGGGUAGAAAGACUUCAUUAAUAAAGACUGCAAAACAAGAAAACCCCAUACACCUGAAAAAUCGAUCUCACACACAUGAACACAACACAAACACACAUACACACAUGCAGAUACAUGCAUACACAAGCAGAUGCAUGUACAUACACACCAAGAUCACACACUAUCAUGGGCAGACUCUAGAACGGAGUGUGUAACAUGCAUGCAUUGUGACUAAAUUGAGUUUUCCUCUAGUGCCGUUAAAAAGUUCAGCUUUGCCCUUCACUCUGCCUACACCCACAUUCCACCCACUGUGGACCAAUUUUAUCCAUGCCCACCAAUCUGAUCCAUGCUAAAAUGUUGGUGCCCAGUCAUGUCAUCCAUAGAUAUGGACUUCCUCAAUUAAGAGGACUGAUUGGAUGCACAGAGAGGUGUUCUUGAGAACAACAGGAAUGCAGGAAAGCAUAGAGUAUAGAGGACUUUGGCCAAAACGAGAAAUGGAUUUUGAGUUCCGGAUUGAGUUUCAAUAAUGGACGCCAUCAGUGACUUGCCCACUGGAAGGUAUAAGAAAGUUCCAGAAAGAGACCAGCCAAACAGAGGACCGAAAGUGCAUCCAUUCAGUAGCUGCAUUGUGUUAACCACAGCAUGGGUUGUAAAGUGGAGAAUAGUCCUCAUUUUCUCUUCAGAAGGGUAGCUUGAAGGCCACUGCUGUUUCAACUCCUUUUCUGUUUUGAACCGUUCAAAACCAGAGAGCAGAAAACAAACCGUAGUAUUUAUGUUCGCAUUUGUAUAAAAAAAAAAACAAA